GGGGGGGACUCAGUCUAGGCUGAUCGACCGCUUGGUCUCCAUUCCCCGCUUUGGUCCUCUGGAGCAUUGGGAGCAGCUCCCCCCUCCCAGUGUCUCCAGCCUUAAAAAAAUAAAAAGGAGACUUUUUCGAUGUCAUCAUUUGCCGCUGUGUCUAACCCUUGCUGCAUGCACUUCACUGCAGGCAGAACAAAGCUCUGUCACAAUUGUGCGGCUUCCUGCCUGUCGCCUCCUGCCCGCCCGCCAGUCCCCGCUGGCUCGGGGCACGGCCAUGUGUGAGGACUGCCCGGGACUCCGGCUGGGUGAUGAUGCCUGUGCUUGUGAGGGGAGGUAUGCUGAGCGUCUGAGCCCGUUAGGGGAACAGGAAGAAAAGAAAAAGAAAAAAAAACAAAAAACCUAGUGUGAUGGCAUGAAAGGGGUCCAUCAACAUUCAUGAAGAUGGAAUUAGACCUUAGAUGUGAGAUACGUGGACGUGCUUGAUAGACCUUAGCUGACAGUUUACACGGAAUGGAAUUUAUAGCAUAAUGGUGUGGGAGAGGAAAGCAGCAACUUUGUUAUGCUUUGAUGUUCAUAAGGGUGAAGACAGAAAGAUGGCUUUUGUUACCCAGAUACUGAAAGACACAUCAGAUGCUUACCUACAUGGUGGUUCCUAGCCAUUGCUCUUCACUGGUGAGGUACGCAGACGCAGCAGUGGGAAGAGAGAAACUACACCAGGCUUCAGAUUUUGGACAAUACAGCAAAGUUCUCUAAGAUACUCAGUGUUUCCCCAUAAGGGCUACAAUGGAGACACUGUCCCAGGACUCUCUACUGGAAUGUCAGAUUUGUUUCAAUUACUACAGCCCGCGACGGAGGCCCAAGUUACUGGACUGUAAACAUACCUGCUGCUCUGUUUGCCUUCAGCAGAUGAGGACCAGCCAGAAAGACCUGAGAUGCCCUUGGUGCCGAGGUAUCACUAAGUUGCCACCAGGCUAUUCUGUUUCGCAGCUGCCUGAUGACCCAGAAGUCAUUGCUGUGAUUGCAAUUCCUCAUGCUUCAGAGCACACUCCUGUCUUUAUCAAACUUCCUAGCAAUGGAUGCUACAUGUUGCCCUUGCCCAUCUCCAAGGAGAGAGCACUGUUGCCUGGAGACAUUGGCUGCCGCCUCCUGCCAGGUAACCAGCAGAAGUCUGUCACUGUGGUGACAAUCCCAGCUGAGCAGCAGCCUCUGCAAGGUGGAAUCCCACAGGAAGUUGGAGAAGAGGAACAUGACAGGAGGGGUGUUGUGAAAAGCUCUACCUGGUCGGGGGUUUGCACUGUGAUCUUGGUGGCAUGCGUCUUGGUCUUUCUCCUCGGUAUCGUGCUCCACAACAUGUCUUGCAUUUCCAAGCGCUUCACUGUGAUUUCCUGCGGCUGAAAAGGGGCUGCUCCCAGACUACUCCUGUGCGUUUAUUUAGGGGCUAGGAAGGCAGUGGUGGUGGUGAUGGUGAUGGGACUGAGAGAGAGCAAUGCACUGCAACAUUGACCAAUUACUACAGAAUAGUUGGCACUGGGCAGCCAUUUGAUAGUCGAAAGGCAAUCCUGAAAAGGUGAAACAUGAGACCUCUUUGUUAGAGUACAGAGAAAAUCAUGAGUGGUUUGAUGGUAACAGCACUGAGGAUGAGUGCAUGCGUCACCAUAGUCAUUUAUCAAAGGGACUGUAAUUUAUAAUGAUUUUUAUCAUGUUAUGAGAUUAAAGACGUCUACUUAGCUGGUUAUACUGUAAAAGUAUAUGGUAUGAUCUCUCUCUUUUUCUCUCUCUCUCUCUCUCUCUCUCGCAACAAAGUAGAUUAAAAUCCCAAAUGCUUUAUGUAUAGGUAGAGUGAAACAUGAGAAUUGGUGUAUGACUCAGUAAAGAUUAUUCAGUGCUAGUCCACACACACAUUUUUUUUAAAGGUGGGGGAGGGGCUUGUAAAAAUCAUUUAGUUGAUAAGGCUUUUUAUAUAUUUUCAAUUGCACAUAAUUAAAAUAAGUUAGUUGUACAGUAGUUUUUAAAAGGAAAUGUUUUACAAGCAAUUGUGUUUCAUAUGUAAUAUGUGUUUGUCAUUUGCUUUCCUUUUUUUUGUUUUUCAAUGUAGCAAUGCAAAAUUCCCAAACAUUAUGUUAAAUGGAGAUCCAAGCUGGGAAGCAAUAAAAUGAAGUAGGUGGGAGAUGUAAUAGUGCAGUCAAAAUGUUUCUGUGUAAGCCACAUCACAGAGUAUGGCUGUGAAGUAUAAACAGUGGUCAUGCUGUUUCAUCUCGGGUCUGUCAGCAGGCUCUUGGAAAAUUGACUUUCAUGGGGAUUAGUAGAGAAAUGGCUCACAAGGAGAGCUGGGCAGCCUUCCUGCAAGAACCAGAUUAAAAAAAAAAAGCAGUUUGCUUAGACUUUGGGACCAAUUUUGCCACCUCCUUCAAAGAAGUUGAAUCUGUAUAACAGAGAGCAGCGUGAAUUAUGAAUAUCUUCACUGAGACCUAGCCAACCCAUCAGAGAGUGUGCUGGGUUUACAUAAAGCUUCUAAUUUGAGACAGGCCUCACUUGGAAGGUUUAUACAGGAAGGGCAAAGGGUGGGAUACAGGUACAGAGAGCUGAAGUGAUGUUGCCCAGGGACAUAGACCUGGGAGUGAAACCAAGCCUUGAUCAGGUACUCAGUUGGUCUGUGCUUCUUCCCCCACACCAAUGGAAUCACAUGGGUGUUAAAUCUGAGAGAGCAUAAUUGGGCCCUUUACCUCAUUUCAGAGGUACACAUUUGAAACUGAAGCGGGAAGAAUAUUUUUCCCCCUGUAGGCUGAUAUUCUGACACUCGUGAUAGCAGUUCACAGAUCCUAAAGGAUCAAAAUCUUAUGCCCUUAAGGUGAGUAACACCUGCUGUAAGAAGUCAUAUUCAUUUAUUGCAGAGAAAGUUUAUAUUCCCAGGGAAAGGGCAUAUCAGAAUUCGGCUGAAAUUUUGAAUCUGAGUUUUGGAACUGCAUGUAUGUCAGAAAAAGCUCCAGUAAGGCAGUAAAGUCUAUUGAUUUUCCUUGUUUUUUAUUGCUAGAGCAAAGAAUAGACCAUUACACAGGUAUAACCUCACUGGGGAAGUGACCUCUGGUCUAUGACUAAUAUACUUUUUUAGUAGUUAAUUUGAGAUGCUUCAAGACCAUGUAAUAACACUGGAGAACAUUGUUCCAGCUAUACAGUGCCUAAUUUAGGCCUAUAAGAUAAAUCAAUACUUUUGCAUCAGUGUAACUAAAUAGAGCUUGUUUCAUGAUGAACAUCAUUCUCAUUUGGGCAUACCGUGCAGAGUACAUAUCAUCUUUAGAGUGAGAUUCCUCUUCAGUCCAUAAACAUGCCAGCAUUAUUUUUUCAUAUGUAUUAGCUAAGAAUGGCAUAGAUGUGUCUAACUGUUAAGGUAUUAUAUGUAAAGCUGUGUGUGAAGAUGAAGCUUCUAGUACUAAUUAAGCUAAUUUUAUCUACUGUUAUUUGUGUAGAAAAUACCCCAGAAAAGACCUAUUUGAUGCCUUCGUAAUUCCAUGCAAGGAGAGUGUGCACAGAUUUGUUUAUGUGCCCGAUUGACAAAUGUUUGCCAUGACCAAAUUGAUCAAAGGCAGCCACGUAAGUGGGAUACAGAAGGAUGGCACAGAAAAGCCAAAUGCACGUGGUGUGAAACUGCUAACCUGUAUUGCUGUUAGGGAUUUGCAUUCAUGCUAUGCUUGGUGGUCCAGUCCACUAAGGUCCUAACCUGAUCUGAGGUAGAUCCAGUCAUGCCUCUCCACUGCCUAGCACGCUGUAGUAAUUUAAACUUGUAGCAGAGGAACUAUUGUGUAUACAGAAAGCUGUUGGAUCAGAAGAGCAGCAUUUUUACACCAACUUUGCUGUGCUCCUCAUGAGUGCCUCCAAGAAGCAGGCAGACUAGAGCAGCAAGUCCAGGGAGCCCAACAUGUCCAAUGUUAACAUUUGUUGCAACUAGACAAUGUCUACUUUAAGCUCUUGGCGGAACAGGUUCUCUUCAUUUUUCAAGUAAUGGCUGUCUUAAAAGUUCUACAUUUUUGUUCCUGUAUGCAAAGUGCAGCAUGAAGGACAAAUCAAAAGUUAAGUUAAAAUAGUGUACUGUAUAAUGCACUGCACAACAGGCAAAUAUGGGGUUCAUCUGGUAUUAUUGCCAUAGGUAUCAUAUUAGCAGAAUGCCACAUGGUAUUAUGUAACAGUAAACUGUUUUGCUAGUAUGAGUGUCUUCUACUGUUAGAGCCCGCUGAAAUGCACGUCUGACCUAAUUUCUGAUCUGGACAUUUGCCUGCUGACAGCCCUUGUGUGAGAGCAAUAAGUAAAAUCUCAAGAUUUUUUGUGCGUGUGUGUGUGUUAAAAUUAUAUUUUUUUACUAGGAGUUACAGGCAUGUUUCUUUUUUUUGCUUUAGUCAGUCUACCAAUUUAAAUUUGCAAUUUCCAUAUCAUGUUGGAUCAUACUGCCUUAUGCUGACUUGUGUAGAAAUGAGGUAUGGUAUCUUGUAAUGUACAGUGUUUCAUCAUUUCUUAAGUAGGUUAGUUUUCAUACGUUAAAAAUGCAGUGUGAUCUUUCCUUCAGUCCAGUGUCUGGCAUUCAAAAAUGAUACUAUUGUCUAUAUGGAUCUGAGUUUAAGAAAAUGCCGAUAUAAUUAUUCCUGUGACAAAAAAUGUAAAUCUAUAUAAAACUCCAUGUCUUCACCAAAUUUGUGCCAAAACAAAUCACCUCUGUUUUUCAUCAAUGUUUUGUGAUUACUACCCAGUUCUUAGGAUGAAAACUUUUUUUUGGUGACUUCAGUACUAUUUUAACAAGCGUUAUGUAUACUAAGCAUUUAUAAUACAUUUGCCUGGAGUUAUUAAUGCACCUGUUUUAGAGGACACAUUUCCAUGUAUGAAUGUGUAAUUUACUUGCUUGUUUAGCAGGGAGUCUAGCUUUUAUCUGAAAGAUGUCAGCUUCUGGAUUUUUGGGGGUUUUGGGGGGUUUUUUUUGUUUGUGCUUUCCUGACAAACUGAAUUUAAGAUUUACUUUGUGAAAUUUUUGUUCAGUAAAUUUUAAAAUUCAGAAUAUGCAAUUUUGGUAUGCAGGAUUUUUUUAAAAUGUAAUUAGUGGUUGUUCAUGCAUUAAUGAGCUGUCAAGGACCUCGAAUGUUUUUGUAAAUGUGGAGUAAUCGUUAAGUCCAAAUUUUCAUCUUUAUUAAUGAAGCCCAGUAUGAAUUAAAUAUUAGCAGGAACAGAGUGCAAUCAAGUGAAUUAUGGUCCCUCCAUUUUUUCCAUCCCUGGUGCAGUGACUGAGCCUGCAGCCAAGGCGAUGGGGGGAGACAGAGAUGCUGCCCACCCAUAUGAUGCUGGGGGAGCCUGCAGCCAGGGAGAUGGAAGGAGCCAGGGUUCUUGCUGAUACAGUCCCUGUGGUGUGGAGCCCCUGACUGCUAAGGAGUUGGACAGCCCUACACUAGAUUACUGCGUGACCUGGGCGCACAGCCUGUGCUUUUACCUUGCUUUUGCCUCCACACUCACAAUUAUUGCAGUAAGGUGACUCUACCACCUCAUUGCUGAAUGGCCAAAACAACAACCCAGAAACUUCAUGUGCCUCCAUGAAUUCAAGCCAUGUUUAAGUAAACCACUUUAAGCCGUGCAGGAAACUUCCAUAUUUGUAGUUAAUAAAUUUAGUGGGACCACUGGCUUUAAUGUGUUUCCUCUUGCCAGCCCCAUGGAAUACGUGGCUUGACAUUUUUUAUUUUUAGACUUUUAUGGGGGAAAUGCAUCAUGACAGAUGAGAUCAAACAUCACCCAGGAGGCUACUGGAAGGAUUCAUAUACUGUAAAAUUAAAGGGCUUUGUGCUAGGUCAUUUAGCAAGGUAAGAGCCUAGUGAAGUGCUGCACAUGCAAUUACAGCACAUUAGUGACCUUUACUGUACUCUCUGUUGUUGCUGAGUCCGACAGCUGGGAUUAUUCUUCAGUUCUUUCUUGGUGGCAUUUUAACCUGUUGCAUGCUGAUAAUAAACUAAAGUUCUUCUUUCACACUUCUCAAGUUGAGCAGCCUGGCUGUCAAUUCUCACCUGCUCCUAAGCGUCCCCCUCAAAUAAGUAUUUGGUAGGCCUGUGUGAAGUGGCUAGUAUUCGCUUUGGAUUUGGAUUCAGCUGAUUCGGGGAACAGUGAUCCGAUUCAGUGAUUUGAAUCACUGUCCCGAUUUGAUUCAUCUGACUCUCUGAAUCAGCCAGGCCAGGCCCAUCCUCUGCCCGCUUUCCCAGCCUGGCAACGGCUGCCCCAGCUCCCAGCUCUUUGGGAAAAAAAAGCUCUGACUCACUGGGUACUGUUGGUUGGGGGUAAUCCCUGCUGCCCCCCCGCUGCCCCAUGCUGCAUGGGGAGCUCUGCAAGAGCCCCCUGAUCCCCCCCUUGCUCCCACAGCCACCCCACAGGUGCCCCGCCUGGGCCAGCUCUGGUCCUUUAAGAAAGAAAAAAGAAAACAUGAAAACCCCCCUGGAUUCACCACUCCCACUGGGCAGAGGAUGAUCCCUGCUGCCCCCCAUUGCCCCACACCAUGUGGGGGGCUCUGCAUGAGCCCCCAGAAUCCCGAGGCUGCUGCAGGAGUGGAGAGUCCCGGGGCUUUUCUCCAGGUUUUUUCCUAA